GUAAACCAGACAACCAUAUUACUACCAUAAAGAACAACCGUUUUUUUUCUGUCGCCGACAGAAAGUUUAGUAAGUAAAUCAACUGUUUGCCAUACAGUUGAUUUGAUGUGAUAUUUUUGUUGCGUUUUGGGGGCUUAACCGAUGUUUACGAAGACCGCCCACUGAAAACACUGUUAUUCUGGCGUACUUGCCGUUUUGCGACAGUGGGCCCUGGUUUGGCGGCAUAUGCAGGUUAGAAAACGGCCCCCGUUUCCAAGGAAAUAGGAAGGAGAAAGCAAGAGUUUCUGGAGGGAGAAAGCCAUGAAGAAUUAAGGGAAAGAAAAGGGAAGCAUGAGCGAGCAGCUGUUCGAGAGGAUGGUGAGGUCUGCUGCCCGGCUCUGCCAUGGAAGGUGUGGGACAGGAAGGCUCUGUUUGCGCUGCCAGGCCCUUCAGGUGGCUGAAGGGAGCAGAGAAUGAGGCUCCCUCCAGGCUGUGGGAGCUCUCCAGCUGCUUCUCCUCCUCGGAACCCAGUCCUCCCCGGCCCGAUAAACAGAAAGAGUACAUGGAAAACAGAAAUCCUGUCUUGGAAUUGAAGGAUAUUCCCCCUCCUCCCCGUCAUGAUUCUUCAAAACCCUUCCCUCUCGCUUCCCUUCCUCGGCCCCCUCCCUGUCUCCAGCCCUAUCCCCAGGAAUCCCCGCAAAAGCAGCAGCCGCUGAGUAGCCCAAAAGUAAGCGCGUGCACUCACUGUGAGGGGAACCUGCACUUUCAGCUAGGUGCUGACACUAGGCAGGGCAACAGGGCGCUGGGUUGUGGCGGUGUUAGUUGUGGUGGUGGGAGUAGUAGCAGUUUCUCUCUUCAUUUCUCUAAACCUGAAGGUACAAGAGAUGAGCUCACGUGUCCAGGGACCUCUACCCUGCGACCGUCUUACCCAGGUUUGGCAAAUGCCUGCCUGCAAGCCCAUCCCUCAGGCAGUUGUGAGCUGCAGCUAUCUUCAGUGGCCACCUCACAGCCUCUUGCAUCUCACCAGCACCUGCCUUGUUGCACCGGGCUACUGAGGCCUGUGCACCCGCUCCCUCCAUUUCCACCUCCCUGUGGUCAGUCCAAGCUCCUUUCCACUGCACCCUCUGUCUCUGCCCCUUUGCAUGGGGGCUGCUUGACCUCUUCAGGGUUUUACCCCUGUGGUGUGGAAUACAGUCUUGGAGCCAGAGGGGACCAGCAUUUCCUGACACAUGGUGAUCUCGCCACUUCAACACAGCUUUGCACCAAUCCUUCGCACCUAAAUGUUGAACACACAGUUUGUCUGAAAGGCACGCACUACUGCAGAGAGUGUUUGUCAAAGUCCACCAGAGGUUUGGUGACAGAUUCAAAAAAAGCAUGGCCUAGCAUCCCCCCUCCAGCAACGCAGUCGGCCCCCGUACCCAUCCCUGUGUGCAACGGGUGCGGUGUCCCUGGGACCUCAGCUGAUGGCUUUUUGUUGCUUGGAACAAGCCUUGGCAAAAGCAGCCAAAAAUAUGGUUCUCCAGAGGGUGGGGGACAGGAGAACCUCCCUCCAAUUGGGGUCUUCUGGGAUAUUGAGAACUGCUCUGUGCCCAGCGGCCGCUCUGCUGGGGCUGUGGUGCAGAGGAUUCGCAACCACUUCUUCCAGGGCCACCGUGAGGCAGAGUUCAUUUGCGUCUGUGACAUCAGCAAGGAGAAUAAGGAGGUCAUCCAGGAGCUCAACAACUGCCAGGUGACAGUGGCACACAUUAAUGCCACUGCCAAAAAUGCAGCAGACGAUAAGCUGAGACAGAGCCUUCGCCGCUUUGCUGACACGCAUACAGCUCCUGCCACCGUGGUGCUCGUUUCCUCCGACGUGAACUUUGCGAGUGAGCUGAGCGACCUCCGUCACAGACAUGGCUUCCAGGUCAUCCUGGUGCACAAGAAUCAGGCCUCUGAAGCUCUGCUGCAGCACGCACACCAGCAUGUGGCCUUCGAGGACUUUGUGUCUGACCUGCCUCCCAGAAUGCCAAUGAAAUCGCAGCCCUGUUUCAACCUGCUAUAUGUCUACAACCUCCCAACCAACCGGGAUGGCAAGAGUGUGAGCAACAGGCUGCGUCGCCUGUCGGAUAACUGCGGUGGAAAAGUGCUGAGCAUCUCGGCGGGUUGUGCCGUGCUGCGCUUUGGCAGCCAGGAGGCUGCCGAGCGCGCCAGCAAACGCAUGGAGAAUGAGGACGUCUUUGGCAACCGCAUCAGCGUGUCGUUCCACCCGCGUGCCAAAGAGGGCUUGCGGGGGGAAGCCACCAAACUGCCCCUGGCCAGCACAUUUGUGCCUGUAGAGAAGCCUCGGUCCCCAAGGCGUACAGGUCGCGUGGCCCGGCUGUGCCAGAGCAGCCGGGAUGCCGCCCCUGAGCAGGCCUUCAGCCCUCGGAAGGGUUCAUGCACACUUGCAGCUGGUGGCCCUGCGGCAAGGAGCUUCCAGGAGCUGUGCAAUUUGGAACCAAAGCCCAAAAUUAAGAGCAGCGGUGACACUGUGCCCUCUCAGAAUGAUGGUGAGAGCACGGUCCAACUGUCCUCCAAAAUCAAUAGCAUGCUAGACACAACACUGCGAGCCGGUGUAAGACGGGACUGCUCUACCCCACGCAGCAUGUCUGAUUCACCUGUGGAAAGGACUGAUAGAAGCGGGGUGGAGUUCCAGGUCAGCACUCCCUCUGCCUUCAGUAAACUCAGUCUGCAGAAAACAUUCAGUCCUCUCAUUCUCUCUCAAGGGUCCUGGUCAUCCAGGAGUGCAUCGCCUUGCCUGUCCAACCGCUCCUCCCCCCUGACCGUGCCAUCUCGCAGCCCUAUCCCAGAUACUAGCUCAGAGCCCUUCUCUGAUGGCGUGGAUAUCCAGGUGGCCAACAUGGACUACAGGAUGUCUCGGAAGGAGCUGCAGCAAAUCCUGUAUAAUACCUUUUCCAAGCAUGGCCGGCAGGUGAAGAACGUGGAGCUGAGCCCACACACAGACUACCAGCUAAAGGCUACCGUGCAGAUGUGCUCCCUGCAGCAGGCCAUUAGUGCCGUCAGCAGCUUGCACCGUUACAAGAUCGGCAGUAAGCGCAUCCAUGUUUCCCUGGUCACUGGUGCCAACAGCAAGUCUCUUGCUCCCCUCAGCUCUGAAAUAAUUGGCAUUCUCCAGGAUGCUCCAGCCUGUUGCCUACCACUGUUCAAGUUUACUGAGAUCUAUGAGAAAAAGUUCAGCCGCAAGCUGGCAGUGAGUGACCUAUACAGACUGACGGAUGUGGUGGCAGUACGUGAUCAGGGUAAUAGCCGUUUGGUAUGCCUGCUGCCCAGCAGCCAGACACGCCAGAGCCCCUUGGGCUCCUCUCAGUCCCAUGAUGGCUCUUCAACCAGCAGCAGCCCUGUGGUGUUUGAGGAGCUUGAGUACCACGAACCAGUGUGCAAGCGCCACCACCCACAGCACAGUUUCAGCGAGUCUGACUUCGACCCGGACUCAUACAGGGUCCCAUUUGUCGUGUUGUCCCUGAAGUCCUUCUCUGCUCAAGUACACAGUCUACUACAGACCCACGAGGGAACUGUGCCACUGCUUAGUUUCCCAGAGUGUUAUGCAGCAGAAUUCAGCCCACUUACAUUAGGUGAAGAAGGAGAGCUGGAGGGAGGAGUACCUCUGGAACACCUGAUUACCUGCAUCCCAGGCAUUAAUAUCGUAACUUCACAGAAUGGCUUCAAGGUUAUCAAGUGGAUCCACAACAAGCCACCAGCACCUAAUGCAGACCCCUGGGUUCAGCGCUGCAAGAGCCCCGUAGGGAACCCGCAGCUUAUCCAGUUUAGCCGAGAGGUCAUUGACCUGAUGAAGAGUCAGCCUUGCUGCAUCAUGCCUGUCAGCAAGUUCAUCCCCUCAUACCAUCAUCACUUUGCAAAGCAGUGCCGUGUGUCUGACUAUGGCUACUCAAAGCUACUGGAACUGCUUGAGGCCGUGCCCCAUGUUUUGCAGAUCCUGGGCAUGGGGUCCAAGAGAAUGCUCACCUUGACUCACCGUGCACAGGUGAAGCGCUUCACGCAGGACCUACUCAAACUGCUCAAGUUCCAGGUCAGCAAGCAGGUGGUCAUCAGAGACUUCAUGCAGGCCUACCACUGGUGCUUCUCCAGGGACUGGAGGGUGGUCGAUUAUGGCAUGUGUGACCUCAUGGACCUGCUGGCAGAGAUACCUGAUACGACAAUUACUAUCACCCAGCAAGAUGCAGACACCAUAGUCUCUAUUCCUAAGAGAGAGCGAACCCCAGAGGAGGUGGAGAGAACUAAGCAGUUUGCUAAGGAAGUGGUAGACCUCCUGCGCCACCAGCCCCACUGCCGUAUGCCCUUCAGCAAAUUCAUCCCCUCCUACCACCAUCACUUUGGUCGGCAGUGCAAGCUCACCUACUAUGGGUUUACCAAACUGAUGGAGCUUUUUGAGGCUAUUCCUGAUGUGUUGCUGGUGCUGGAGUGUGGAGAGGAGAAGAUCUUAACCCUGACAGAGAUGGAGAAGUUGAAGGCGCUAGCUGCCCAGUUUGUGAAACUUUUACGCUCCCAGAAGGACAGUAGUCUGUCUAUGAGUGAUCUGCUUUCUGAGUAUAGCAAGACCUUUGGCUACGGCCUGAAGCUCCAGGACUUUGACGUCAGUUCUGUUCCAGCCCUGCUGCAGAAGCUGUGUCAUGUGGUCAAGGUGGUGGAUGGAGUGAAUGGUCGAGAGGUGCAGCUAAUCAAUAGGAAGUCCCUGCGCUCACUUACCACCCAGCUGUUGGCCUUACUCAUGUCACUGCCAGUCGAGCAAAACUCUGUGACGGUGGAGGAGCUGAGCCAGCAGUAUGAAACCACGCAUGGUGCUCCCUUAAAUCCUUGUGAAUAUGGCUUUGUUUCCCUCAGUGAGCUCCUCAAGAGUCUGCCUUACCUGGUAGAGCUUUUCGAGAGUGAGGAGGGUGAUGGAAAGGAACAGGUCAGGUUGACUCGGCUCUAUCAAUUUGCCCGCAGCGUGCGGGCUCUGUUGCACACUUACCAUUACCAUCAGAUCUUCUUGACUGAGUUCCCUGCAGCCUUCAGCAAGUAUACAGGCAAAGGCUUGUUGCCACGCUCAUAUGGAUACAGCACUGUUGAUGAGCUGCUGGCAGCGAUUCCACAGGUUGUCUGGAUUAAAGGUCACGGACACAAGAAGAUUAUCGUUCUGAAAAACGAUAUGAAAGCACGUUGUAGUCCAGUUGCAGUAGAGAGCCUGGUGCUGGAAGGAGAGAGCAGCAAGAGUGCAAAAAAAGCCACAGAGCAUGCGGAACAGAGUCCAGCUGCCAGUGCAGUGGAGACAGAGUUGCUGUGCCUGAACUCAAACUCACCUGUGGACCUCCUCUGUGGUCCAGUUCCCUCAUGCCUGCCCUCUCCUCAGCUACAUCCUGACCCUGUCCUACUGCAGCACACAGAUCUGAUCCAUUUUGAGGAGCAGCCUUCACUGACAACAGGCAAAAAGACCCCAGAGCCUCCUGCAUCUGCACCAGAUAUCUGCGAACAUGCCCCAUGCCAUGAUGACCCCUCUCCCCUACCAGUCAAGGACAGCAAACCCUUCAAAGCGGAGAUAGCUUCUCCAGUGACCAAGCCCCGCGUUCCCAAGGCCUGCCUGACCGACAGCCCCAGUAAAAGGGCCUCUCGCAACAAAGUGAAGCUGGCAGCUAACUUCUCUCUUGCCCCUGUCACGCGCCUCUGAUUUCACCCAUUUUAGCUGUCUACACCAACAGGAGCACCUGUUUCUGCCCUUUUUCCUCCUUUUCACCUUUUUCCUUAUGAUUCCAACUGUUUGGCUUUGUGAACCAUGUGCUAUUGUGUCUCUUAUUUUGUAUUUAAUUGUACACUGUCUCCCAUUUUCCUUUUCACCUUCAAGCUGUGAAUAUUUUUUUUUUUUUUUUUCUUGUGGAACUGCAAGCGUCAUGGAUUACAUGAAAACUUUGUCUCUGGUCCCAGUAUGAAUUUUCCAUUUUAGGUUGUAGUCGUGAACAUUGUAGUAAUGAGAAUGUGCUAAAUUCAGCCUUAUUUUUGAUCGUAAUUAAAUGCUGGAUAAAUAAUGGUGGGGAACUGGGUGAAAUAAACCAGUGAAGUGUGAGUGCGUUGAAACUGCAUGGAGGGAAAAGUCACGAACUCAAAAGGAUGUACUUAGCGGAAUGGUUUGCCGACUUUUAAAAGCUCUAAUUUCAGUAGCUCUCUGUGGAAUGAACAACCAAAAUUGGCUGGAAACUCAUUUCAGUAUGGAGAACAUGAGACUAGAAAUGGAACUUUUAAAACUAACUCUGUUCCAUUUAAAUUUUUGGUAUAGCUUUAUUUUAGCUGCCGUUAGUGAUGAAGAUGAUUUAUGUUCUAGUCUGAGGCUAUGACUUGUAAUUCACAGUUGGGCCAUGGCGACCAGAAAGUAAUAGAUGGGGUCAUUGUGUUGGUGUCAUCUCCCAUUGUAACUCUGUUACAAUGGACAAGUAAUUAGUGUCCUCUUCACUCUAGUUGUGAGUCUAAGACUUGUUUAACUUGGUGAAUCACAUCAUUACCUUUCUUGUUUAAGCCAUUUAGAAUAUUUGGUUUGGAAAUGCAGCAUUGAAAUAAGCUUCUGUUAAUUGGUAAGUGGCAUCUUUGUGCAUUGUUUGGAUAGCAGCGUUUGACAUGAAACAAGGUAUGAAGAGGGAGUUAGCCUCUAGGUGCUUGAGAUGAUUGCUGUCGUCAGCUCUGCUCCAAUAUGCAGGACAACAUGGAAAGUGUUUUUGUGCCCAAGUUCUUGGCAAGUCUGAGGUCUGUUCCGAUGGGGCCAGAUGUGCGCGUCUCUGGAAGAGAUCAACCUCAUCCUUCAAGCGUUCGCACCUCUGUUUCUACAGCCUGAACGGAAGCAUUCCAGCACUCCGUUAGCUGCUGCGAGCCAAGCGCAAACUCCUUGUGUCUUCACGUGUGCUGAUAGGGACUGCGGUUUGCACUUGAGUGGGUGGUGUGAAAUAUGCAUGGAAUGCAUAAAUCACUUUUUGUGCAUGUUCAAAAUUAAGGGAAGCCAGUCGUGCAAAUGGUAAAUGUAGCUGAACCGCAUUUUUAUGUAGUUUUGAGUCAUUUCCACUGCCUUAGCUGCUGAUGGGAGAUGUGUACAAUCUCCUUUACAAGUCUUGUGGAAGUGUCAAGGUUUUGUUUGUUAACCUUGUUGAUUUUGCUUUUUUUUUUUUUUUU